UUAGUCUAAAAUUCUCUCAGGAUUCGUCUUUAUCAUCCCUUCAGAGAAGUCAGCAUGUGGUUCUUUUCUUCCCACCUUCUGUUUGCUUCGUUUCUAGGGGGUCUACAUACCUGCUUUUGGGACAUUUACUUUUAUGAGGCAAAAACUAGAUGCUGGGAACAGGUUUAGCUCUAUCCAGAUACCGAUCUUUAUCAUGUCAGAGAAGCUAUUGCAGCUGCAUGGACUACGACAAACUAAGGUCCACACACCUGGGGAUAUUCCCGUUGUACCACUGAAUUUUAUCAUGGUUGCCAUAGCGGGGCAUUAUAGCAGGGACACAGUCGAAGGAUGCAUUAAAGAAACUCUGCAGCUCUUAUCACGAUCAAUCUGCACACGAAAGAAAGUUGAAUUUACUUUCCAAGGAAUCGGUAUCCUUACAAUUGAAAAUGACAAAGUAAAAAUGAAAUUUUUUCAGGACUUCUUGUCUGCAGUGGAUACAAGUGGCAAUCUGGAAAAAGGUAUUGCAAAGGUAAUGUUGACCUUCUAAUUAUUUCUCUUUCUUACAGUUCUGAAUUGUCUAUAGAGGUGUCAC